AUGGCUUCCCUCAAACGGUUCUUCCACACCGAGAAGGCGUCGGGAACGUCCCAAGAUGGUCGAGACAAUCGGACCAACUCGUCGGGGGGUGAUACGAGGAUAACCUCACAGUCCGGCGGUUCCCAGACCAGACCCUCUGAACCAACUCACAACAUGCGUGCACGCCCUACGACAUCUUAUUCUCAACCACCGUCCUCACUCCCUUCGAGCCCAAGGCCAGACAAAGCCCCUCGACAUGUUGACUUGCUCGAUGCACUGUUCACUUCGCAUCGAUAUCAUAUCCAGUGCCCGACUUCUCUAUCGCCAAUCACUCCAUACAAUGAGGACAUCGCAGAAAGGAACAUGGCUUAUUUCCUCAAAGGAACGUUUCUUCCCAAGGUGGUAUAUCCCCGGCCCACCUCGUUACAAGGAGAUGUCGCAAAUCUCCCACGCAGUACGAUCACACGACCGAAAUCAGCACAGGGGUUGCCUCUCCGGCCUACCCAUCCAAGUGGAGAAACCUCCACAAAAGAACGGCCUCGCUUGCGGGCGAGGGAAGGCCGUGUAGCAGCUUCUGCGACCUACAGGUCAUGCGCCCGUCCCGCGCCUUGCGCGCAUGAUGGAGAUCCGGAGUCGUCGAUGGAAAUGAGUUCCCAAAAAAGCUCUUUGCGCUCGCAGAGAUCAGCACCUAAUCUAGUGGCCGAACGGCCCACGACCUCUGAUACAGAGCCCCCGACACCCAGCAAUGGCUACCUUGGUGUGCCUCCGGCGUACAAGCAAGGCCGCAGAUGGAGCACUACCCCCCUCCCAGAUAGUCCCACUAUACCAUUGUCAAUAAGCCAUGACCAGAGUGUGAGCGAGGAUGAGUCAAUCAACGACACAACCGGCGUCACCCAGACCCCCAAGAAUCAUUCUCAAGCCGCCUCUUCUCGAGCUAGUUCCAAGAAGAAUGUUCGAGAUCUUUCCAUCAAUACAGAGCUGGCAGCUCGAAGAAAUCCCACCUCAAAAGCGACGCACCGUGCCACCCAGCCACCGACUCCCAAUACCACUGAGUCAGCACAACACCUGAGCAUUGCAGAGGUCAUGAACAGCCCCUUGCCAGUGGUUUCACCCACGACAGUCUCUCCUUUACUUCCCGCAACUGAGAAGGUUGCGGAGAUCAUGGACAUGUUCCGACAGGCCUACACGUCCUCGCCGGCCAUGACACCUCACGCAACCUUCGAAACUCUGCAAGAUGCUAUCAUCCGUGAAAUCAACUCCCAUGACGCCUUCAAACGGUUGACAUUUCCUGAACCGGAAGGCUCUUUUACCCCCUCUCCUUCGCAGGAGUCGUUCGACAAGGGUCUCAGCGUGCCGCUACACCCUAAUACGGGAUCUGAAAGAGGCCCGAACGCGAAAGAAGGCCAACUCCUCAAGUUGAUCCGAAAGAGCUCCUUCAGGAAGCAUAAACGAAACUCGGAACAACGCAGGAGCAUCUCAACAAGUGUGCCUACGACAGUCACCCCUCAACAACCAGAAGGGGCCAUUCGACGGCGACACACCGAUGCCCCGUUACCAUCAGACCAAGUCUUGAGCACAGUAGUCGCAAGUGCAGAAAACCUCGAGGAGACUGAGAUGAUGCCCAUGACCUACAUGGAUCUACUGCUGCGGUCCGAGGAAGCUGCAGCUGACAUCGCCUCGAAAAAGGCUUGUCGCUUAUCGGGAAACACGACCCAGUCCACGUCCACGCACUCCCUCCCGUGCGAGAAGGCGGAUCGCUCCCGGCCGUCGCCAUCUGUUCUCUGCAUGCGCGCCCACGGCUCCGAUUCCAUCCAGGGCUCCCGAUCCAGCUUUUCCGACGACGAGAGCGACGAAGAGAUCAUUGAACUGCCCAGCCUCGAGCCUCCGGAAGUGAUUAUCCACGGCGUCGACUACGAGCAUGCGGCGGCGGUCCCCGCUGCGCAGAGCACAACUAUCAAAAGCCCUUACCGGAUCAUGAGCUGGCCGCGCAAACCCACCAACAGCAUCUUGAAUGUGAACUAA